GAUUAUUUUAUUGGACUAUAAAUUUAUAAUUUUUUACAGUCGUUAAACUGUGUGUUAAAAUAAUAAUUGUGUUAUUUAUCAAUAGCUAUUAAAUAAGUGCUAUGGUGAAUUUUUGUGUUUGAGUUUACUGUGAUAAGUGUAAUUGUCGGUAUAAUGAGUACGAAAAAAAAUGAUGACUGUUAUAUAGAAAUACUUGAACAACCUUGUAGUAAAAGCCGAUUUCGGUAUCCAUGUGAGGCACGUAAUAAUGGAAGUAUCAUGGGUGCCACCAAUAAUUCUGAGCGUAAAACCUGGCCUAAAAUUAAGAUCCAUGGUUUUAAAGAAAAAGCAGUAGUAAUAGUGUCCUGUGUCACCAAGGAUGAACCUCACCGCCCUCACCCUCAUGAAAUAAUCGGGAAAGAAAAAUGCAAUUUAGGAUAUUAUCAUUAUAAAACCUACGACGCAGUGGUAUCUUUUCAAAAUUUGGGAAUACAAUGUGUCAAAAAAAAAAAUAUUCUAGAGGCGUUGGAAAAACGCAAAAAAAAUAAAAUUGAUCCGUUCAACACUGGUUUCCAGCAUAUGGAAGUUCCUGAUACGAUCGAUUUAUCCGCUAUAAGAUUAUGUUUCCAAGUAUUUCUUAAAGAUGAUGAAGAGAAGUGUACAAUACCUCUAAAACCGGUUGUCUCUGAGCCAAUUUAUGACAAAAAAAUCUUAAAUGAUUUGGUGAUUAUUAAAUUGAGUCAUUACAGUGCGCCGGUAACUGGUGGAUUACCGAUGAUUCUUUUAUGUGAUAAAGUUUCUAAAGACAAUAUUAAUAUUGUUUUUUUUGAACAAAAAAAUGGGAAAAAUGUUUGGGAAGCACCGGCUAAAUUUAAUCCAAGCGACGUUUUUCGACAGGUAUCAAUAUCCUUUGAAAGUCCAGCUUAUAAAGAUUUAUCUAUUAAAGAACCGGUGCAAGUAUUUAUCCAAUUGCGAAAAAUGACAGGCAGGAUAGACAAAAGUGAACCGUUACCGUUUACUCUUACUCCAGUUGGAGGAGAUUCUGAAAUCACUCUGAAGCGAAAAAGACAAAAAUAUAAUACAUCGGGAAUAAUUGAUGUAGAUUCCGAAGAAUCUAGACCUAUAGUGCACUGUCCAAAAUGCAAUUGUUUCAAAAAACUUCCAUUAACUGAAACACGAAAAAUUACAGAGAAAUUAAUGAUGAUUAGAAAACAAACUAUUCAAGAAUCAUCUUUGAAUGUGAACCAACCAUUAAUUGACAAGACUGUGAAAAAUGAUGCACCUCUUGAUUUACAUUGCAAAAAAGAUUUGGCAAAUGGUGGUAAUAAAAAUAAUAAUAAAUCGAAUGUAAAAAAAAAGAAAAAUUACCAGCAGCAACAACAAGAACAACUACAAUCGAACCAUCAACAGUUCCGACAGCACCAAAAUCAACAACAACAAUUAAAUCAAGUACAACAACAACAACAACAAUUAAAUCAAGUACAACAACAACAACAACAACAACAACAACAACAACAACAACAACAACAACAACAACAACAACAACAACAACAACAACAACAACAACAACAACAACAACAACAACAACAACAUUUACAUGAUCAACUCCAGCAACAAAAUCAAAAUGGCAAUCAACAACAAAAUCAAUUGGCGGCUCAGCAACAUCAUCAACAACAACAAAUGCUAUUGCAACAUCUACCACUUCUACAGCAACCACUACCACUUCUACAGCAGCAAGUAUGCUCGAAAAGAUUACAUCCAUCACUAGAGCUGCUUCUUCAGCAACAUCAACUACCGCAACAACAACUACAACUACAACUACAGCAGCAGCAACAACAACAACAACAGCAGCAACAAGAACAGCAACAACAACAACAAUGUCAACAAAUAUUACCGAUACCAACACUCCAGCAAUUUCAAGCUUACACAUUGUUUCAACAACAGCAACAGCAAAGAAAACAAUCACAGCAAUUUUCUGUAAAUAAUCAUCAGUUACAACAACAACAACAACAGCAACAGCAACAGCAGCAACAAAAUGAUUAUGAAUUAGAACAAUUUGAACAGCAAUUCAGAACACAAUUGCCUUUAGCUUUCCAGUUAGAGCAAUUAUUAGAAUUGCAAAAUAUUCCAUCGCAGCAGGAGCAAUCACGGCCGUUAAUGGAUCAUUAUCAACUACCUCAACAAAUGGGUCAACAACAGCAAGAACAACAGCAAUAUCAAAUGGUCGCAAGUGAAAGGCCAGUUUAUGAACUCAAUGAUGCGCACUCACAAAUGCUGUUGAAUGGUUGUCAAAAUAAAAAAAUUUUUGACUACAAUAAUCAGCCGCGACAGCAAUUAUUGCUGAUGAAUCAGGCUUCUCAGCCACAGCACGCAUAUCGAUCUCAAAUUGAUGAUGAUUAUAACAGCGGCGAGGAUGAGGAAGAUGAUAACAAUAAUGGCAAUGAUGUUUUUGAAGAAGAAUUCAGUAGUGAUAGUAGCACGUACCACAAUAAUAAUGUUCCCCAGAUUAUUCCAAAUAGGCCAGCGGAUUUAUUUAGUAUUCGUAAAACUCUUAAACCGCAGCAGCAAAAUUAUAUAGCAGCAUUUGCCAACGGCAAUAGCAAUAUGUAUGAAAGAGUUAAUAUGAGACCGAUGAAUCAAGAUAAUGAUGAGCUUGAUAAAGCAAUAAAUCAAAAAUUGUCAGAAACUUUCAACAAUGAAAUGUCGCUCAUAGACACGGAGUUUGACAUCCAACCAUUUGACGAAAGCAAUGAUAAUUCACCGAUGGGCAAUGGACUUUUCAAUUAUAAUUAAUUGUAAAUAAUUAUUUUGUUAGUUAAAAAUUAUUUUAUUUUUUCAAGA